AGAUGGUAUAUUUUAAAAGUUACGCCACGUUCACACUAAAGACCAAAAAACAACAAAAAUGGACCGGCGAGAGGAUGCUUUGCGACAGGCUCUCGAUAAGAACGCUAGUGAAACGGAUCGCUGGCAGACUUUCAAAAUCGACAAUGAGAACACAAUCCGGAAUCUGGACUUGUUCGCCAAAAAUCUCAGUGUGGAGGUUAUGGUUCCAAUUGGUCGGAAGGCCCUGAUGCCCGGAGAGCUGAUCCACACCAACGAGCUUCUGGUGGGUCACUACAAGGGUUACUUUUCUGCCUGCUCUGCCCACAAGGCGAAGGAGAUCUGUCGCCACCGCCUAAAACUGGCCGAGGAGCAGCUGAAAAAACUGCAAAUCGAGUCCGAUCUUUGGCAUAACAAACUUAACACACCAUUUACGGAGGGUGCAGUUCCUAGUGGGGAUCAGGUGGAAAUCGUGGAAGACUUCAACGAGGAGUCGCAUAGCAAGUGGAUGGCGGAGCACAGGGAACGGGUGCGCCAGCAGAAGCAAAAAGAACGCCUCAAACGACAGGCGGAACCUCCAGGUACCGAUGAUGUGCUGAAAAAGCUGGAGGAGCGCGAGAUGAUGGAGGAACUUGGUCUGGAUCCCGAUAACAUAAACGAAGAGGAACUCCAGGAACUUUUUGAUGGAGGGCCCAGAGAAUCGAGAACCGAACCUCCGUCUACGGCCUUAACAGAAGAGGAAGAGUCGGCGCUCUGGAAGAAGCUAGAAGCUGAGGAGCUGAACGAAACUACAGAUCUCGGUUCAGAAGCCGAGACCAGUUUAAAAAUCACAGACGAAUUAGUGCAACAACUUAUGUCGGGCGGAUCUGAAGCUCCUUCCACCAAAAAGCGUAUAGGAGGCAUUAAAAAACCAACGGAAACAGAAGAUGCCAUAUCAGAUGAAGACGAAGAUGAUGUUGAACAGGAGGAGGAGGAGGUGCGGACUGUUCGAGAGCAGAUGUCUCUGCUGCCCAGUGAAGAACGUGAACCCUUUCUCAGAGCUCAGCUGCAGGUGCUUAAAGCGAAAAUGCGACAGAUUCAAAAAGUUAACUUUAUCAGUGACGAACUGGUUCAUUUAAUGAACGUGGUGGUCAUGCUAGAGGAUGAUCUACAGGAUAUGAUAUUCGAACAGGAGCUGGAGGCCAGCAAGGAAAACGAUGCACAAGAGGAGCCCGUUGAAGUACCUGAAACCAUACCUGAUACCAGCACAAACAAACGGCGCAUUUCCUUUGCCACCGCCGACGAAAAGCUAGAGUUCAGACGAGAGGAAACUGUGGCCGAAAUGUUGCCCAAUGCGAAGAAAAAGUCAAGGGAUGUUAUAAAGCUGGAUGAACCUGUCAAGCCAGAAGUGAUUCAGGAACCAACAGUCAGUAAAAACGAGCGGAAAACAGACUCUGAUAUUCUGCAAAAGGUGGAGAAAAGCAUUGAGUUUGUCAAGGAGAAUCAAAGUGUCCAGGACUUCGAUUUGCUUAAUCGUAUCUUGGAUGAGUCCACUGGGCGUAUUAAUACUUUACACAUUAGUUUUAAACAUUCCGAUGCCGUACUUUUACCCAGAAGUAAUCAAGAUAAUGACGUACCAGGAAACCCAGCGGACUUCUAUAGGAAAUAUGAGAAGGACCGGGCCCAGUUGAAUCCAUCGUUUCCCAUUUACGUAAACGGAUUCGAGGGUGAGGAGCAGGUUAAAGUGCCCAUAUUGAGCGAAGCCUCGCGCGGGGUAGCUUAUGAAGAUCCGAGAAGUCAGGUAGGCAAUUCAAAGAGGUUCAGAAAAAAUUGUUACCUUCUAUCCUUACAGUUUUCCAAACCAAGUACUUCUGCGGGAGAAUCCACUGACCCCGAAUCAGUCACCAAGUCAAUACUGCGAAACAAACAGGCUGUGGAGCUGGAGCCACACAUCGUGAACCAGCAGCCAAAGAAAGGGAAGAAAGGUCGAAAGCAAAAGAAAAAGGAUCGCACCCUGGACGACGAACUGCGCGAAAUGAGUGCCUACACAAAGGUCAUGCAUGAUCUCGUGGAGAAGGAGCCCACGGCACCGGAACCUCUGCCGCAGGGCAAGUUCAUAGACUCGCACGCACCGAAAAAACGGGUCAGUCGCUUCAAGGAACAGCGGGCUCUCAACAAAACGUAGCGAAGAGUGAAACUCCAGCUGGGAAUUACAUUUAUAUUUGUUCAAGUUUAAUGUGGAUUUGUAUUACAAACUCAACGCAAACAAUAAACAACUACUGGUGUGGUGUA